AUGGAUUUGUCUCGCUUGUGCCCGGUAGACCCCGGCAAGGGGCGUCCCAAGGGCAUCCACGAUGCGCGGCAAGGUUUCUUCGCCAAGGGCAGUGGAAAAGACGGUAAGGGCCCAGGUAAGACUGCGGUGAACGGUGCGAAAACCGGGUCCAGUGAUAGGGACCCGCCUGGCGAGAAGGCCUUCUCGUUGCUGUAUCUUAGCAGAGGCAUCGACGGCAUCGAUUGCUCCAUCGAUUCCUCGGGAAGAGCCGGCGACCAAGGUGAUCCAGAGCCAGUUUCCUGCCGCCGUUUCGAAGGGAAGGGAUCCUGGAGGGCGGGCACAGAACCAGGCGGAAGCCGGCGUCAACUGAACGACCCCUCGCCCUAUGCGGCCAAGGUGCGUCCUGGAAGCCGCAGCAAGGGGCAGCUCGGGACGCGAGCUGAGAAGGUGAAGCUGCGCAGUGAGCCGCGCUCGAGAAGCAAAGGCUGUCAGUCGGUGGCAUCUUCAGCUUUUUCGGCAUGGACCGAGGGUGGCAUCUCGUGCAGGAGCCUGGGAAGCCCCAAGUCGGCGUACGCAGAGCCCCGUUCGCUGGGGAGCCUGAAUCGGGCGUUGACGCCGCCCCAUGAUCCACCUUCCUGCUGGCCGUGGUCCCCGCGAAAUAUGAAUGCCAGUGUGAGUCAGUCGUCCUUGUGUCAAGUCAAGGACUUGAAGCGCAGCUUUCACUGCAAGGCGAGUCAGCCACAUGCAUUGCUCUUCCUCAACGGAGCCCGAGAGAAGCAGCAGGAGGGUCAGUUGGGUUGCCGCCACGACAAGUCACAGUGGCGCCGCCGGAUGUCAGGUGGUGGCUAUGAUUUCCGUUGUCAGGAGGCUGAGGUUCCCAUCGCGGUGCUACCGGCCGAUGACCUUAAGGAUACUGUCGACAAAAUGGGACGCAGCAUCACGGACGAGUCGUUGGGCUCGCCGUCGCGAAAGAAAAACAGGCUGCGGCCCAGCAUUAUCAAACCCAAGACCUCAAAAGGAGGUUCGAGCGCCGAGCCCAUGGGCCCGGCCCUGGAGUUUGCCCACGCUGAGAUGUUGGCCUCGGUGGCGGAGGCCGAGGCGCGCUACGUGGUGAAGGACCAAGCCACGGAGUACGAGAUGCCCAGGAUGAAGGCCCUGUUCCAUCGCUUUGCCCUGGACGGAGAGGUGCAAAAGGAGAAUCUUCCAAUGAUUUUUAACUAUCUUAGCAUCUUAAAGGUUGAAGAAGAGAAGGUCCGCGAGGUGGGGGACUCGGUUUCGGCCUAUCCUUCGUUGGAUUUCCAUGCAGCUCGGCGCGGAAAAAAUUGGGCCGGUGGAAGGGACAAUCUACGGGAUUUCUGUGCGGUCUACGAGAGAGUGGUGCUCAGGGAGCGAGAGGCUCUACACCACAAACUGGAGGCCUGGUUGGAUGAUCCCAAACCUCGGGGGGACGACAUCGCUGAACAGAUGCGAGUCUUCCUGAAGAGUCUGGGCUUGAUCAGCACCAAGGAGACGGUCACCGAGAUGCUGCAGGCGGGUGGUCUCCAAAACCGCCGCUGCGAUUGCAUGGAGGAACUGUGGCGUGUGGUGGCUGCACACCGGGCCUGUGAAGGUUUUUCUUACGAGGAAAUCGAUCGAGCCAAAGAGGAGCACGAUCGCAUGUCCAAAGAUACGCCCAGCAGGUUUAUCAGCAGCCAAGUGGUCUCCGAAGCCCUACUGUCCCUCGGGACCGUCUAUUGUGCCGAGUACCUCAAUGGCGUCAUCGGGGAACUUGGCGUUGCACGGCGUGAGGAAAGGCUUCAGAAAGGUCCACUGAGCUUCUACGAGUUCAUGAUCAUGUAUCGGAGACUUCACCACAUCACGAUGAAGACCAUGGCGGACAGCUUUGAGAAGGCUGAUACGGAUCGAGAUGGCAUGAUUACGGUGAAUGAGGCCACGGACUGCCUUCGACAGCUGGGCUUUACGCUCCUGCGGGCGGAACUGCAGGAGAUGUUAGAGCUGACCGGUGCGGAAAAGGAGGAACGGCUUCAUUUCGAUGCAGUCUAUGCCUUGCUGGUGGAAGCAAGGAACCAGCAUGGCUUUACCCGAGCCGAGUCGGACGAUUUGAAGGUGCAUUUUGAUGCCUUCUGUGAUGAAGAUGGCGAAAUGCCCAACCUUCAGAUGUACGAUCUCUUGAGAUACAUUGGCCAUGAGAGCACCCUGGAUGAGGUCAAAGAGCUGCUGGACCAGGUGGAUUACAACCACAACGGCACCAUGGACCGUCGUGAAUAUCUUCGGCUGAUGAGACUGCAGAAGGAAGCGAACCUCACAGGCUAUCGCAACGCUUGGUGUAGCAGUAAGAUGCGUUGUGGCCGGAAGGCUUUUCAGGUGGUGAACAAUGCCCUGCAUGCGCGUCUCAACAAGCAUCCAGAGAUUUUGGGGCGACUGCUGGCCUCCACCACGCGCGCCGAAAUCACCCGCGCCGCGGGGGACUUCGACAGCUUCGCGCAGCUGGCGGAGCACUUGAGAAGGCAGAUCCCCUUGGAGAGCCGGAAGUACGCCAGCUUCAAGGAAGUGGAGUACGAGUCGCUGCGGCAGAUCUUCAGCGUUUGGAGCUGCUACCCCGACGGCUCAGUCAGUCUGCGCGACUUCCUGACCAUGAUGGAAGAGGUGCGCGACGUCCACACCAAGGGCGGCCGCAUGUGGCUCUUCGAGGCCCUCAACGAGGCGCGCCACGCCGCGAAGGACUGUGGCGUGGACGACAAGGAAGCUGGCAACGACAACAGCCCACGUGUUCACUUCAUGCCUGUGCUGCACUUCGUCCGCCAGAUGGUUCAGAGGCAUCUCCGACAAGUUACCAUCAAGGAGAACGAUGUGCUCUCAGCGCUGAAGUUUAGUAAGGGAGAGGUGGCUCAAUUCCGUGCGCUCUUCCGAAAGCUGCACAAGGAGCACAAGGAAAGCCAGAGUGCUUCAAAGGGUGAUAAGACCAAGGGCUCCAAAGGCAAGGCGGGCAGCAAGCUGAAAGUCCCGGCCGGAAGGCGGCGGUCAAUGGACGACGCUGGAGAAGUUGGGCCGCUGAACGUGUCGGACAACGAAGAUGAACAGGGAGAAGAGGACCCACGGCCCACGAGCUUUGGCGAGUGGCUCGAAUCCUUCACUCGGGUACAGCAAGUGCCAGCCCUUAUGGUCAUGCGACUCAUUCAGCCCUUGGGCUUGCGGUUGGAUGUGGCGGCCAACAAGGUGCAAUUGAACCGAAAGUUAGCAGAGCUCACAGACGACGCGGGUCUGGACUUCCCCAGUUUUCUGCAGCUCAUGCAGUGGAUGUUAGACAACGAUUUCUGCGACAUCAAUCGCCUUGCGGCAAAGCACUUGGAGCAUCAAUCCACGGCAAGAGAGGACUCGGGAAGCGACUUCGGUGAAGACGAGGAGCAAUCCAAGAGUGGAGCGUUGGCGUUCACAGCGCCACAUGUCAGUGAUUUGAGUCAAGUGGGUGGCCCCGGUGCUCCUUUUCUUGAAAGGAAAGGGUGCAUCUGGGAUCCUGUCGAUAUCGAUAAGCGAUGGCCAUGGCUGUGUUCCAUGAGGUUUUGGACUUGGAAGGGCUACAAGUCCAGCAUUCCAGGCCCUCAAUGGAUUUGGAAGGGACCCAGUUUGAUUGGAACAAACAAGCGUUUCUUGUUGCUGGGAAUCUUUCAUGACCAACAUUUGGAAAUUUGA